UGGCCUUGUGAGCUGGAGAAGAAUCCUGCUGGAAAACCAAAUGAUUUCUAGCAAACAAAGUAUCAUUUAUAGGCUUGACAACAUUUUUGUGUUUCUAUCAGAGCCAACUCCUCACCAACCAUUAUUGAGGAAGGGUGAUGACCUCUUUCCACUUUUCUAAUGACUUCAUGGGCUUCUUUAGAGCUAUGUGGGUACACACGAUAAUUUUGGCGAAUAAAUUUUUCUUCAAUUAUAAACAUUUUCUCAACACUAAACAAAAUCUUUCGAUGAAGACCAUUGGUGUAACGGCCAAGGAGCACUUUGAAUUUAUCUACACUAAUUUAUUUUAGAGAAGUGGUUAGCCUUUGGCCUGUCAUUCUUCGAAACGUACCUAUCCUAAGGUCACUUUUUAUCAUGCAAACAUUGAUCUGACAGAUAUUGCCGUUUCCCGAGAUAU